CAUUGCUCUUCACAACACCCGACACUGAAAUGUUCGAGAGUACUACUCGCGUUUCACGUUUAUAAUCUUUUUCGCGUCGUAUCAAUAUGGUUUUCUUCAAAUUAAUAUAAUUCCGUUCGAACGAAUAGUGUGUGUUGUAAUUCGACUCUUCGAUUAUUAAUGAAAGGCAGACAGAGUGAUUCAUUUUUUUCACAUCGUUCGGGCAAUAUUCGAUUAAACGCACGAAAUACGUUAUUGUAAAAAGGAAAUAAUUAGAGUACUUGAUACCGAAAUCAGUUUGCUUUGUGUCCGUGUAAAAUUGACCGAUUAACGGAAGAGAUAAUCGCCAAAGGACGAAACGAGAACAAAGUGCGUGCGUAUUCACGGGGACUUCACAGUUGUUCUGAUUCGGUUUCAAAAUCGAGGCUAUCAAGAUAUUUCUUCUAUCCGUAACUUAAACAAGAUGACCGGUAUUAUUAAGCACAGAGAGUAUGGAAGUGACUCGACUUUUAAACCUUCUGCAAAUCCACAUUUAACACCACCAUCCCCUAUACCGCAGCACGUGUUGAGAGAUGAAGUGGAUAACGUUGAUUAUCGCUUUGAAGCAGCUAGACUGCAAAGUUUUCAAAAUUGGCCUGUAUCAUAUAUCGCACCUGAAAUAUUCGCAGCUGCUGGAUUUUAUUACACAGGAGAGGGUGAUAAAGUAAGAUGUUUCGAAUGCAAUGUAGAAAUAUGUCAAUGGGUAGAAGGUGAUAACCCUAUGACAGACCAUCAACGUUGGUCAGCAAGAUGUAGAUUUAUUCGCAAAAUGAAUUGUGGCAAUGUACCGAUUGGAGUGGAUCCAAGUACUGUUCUACCACCCAGACCAAGAAGCGGAGAUGUAUGCGGACCUUACGGCGUUGAAUAUAGACCAACUUCUGGUCCUGAUAACCAUAAUUUCUCAACGGAGUUGCAAUUACCAAGUUCAGCAAAAUUGAGCUGUUUAGGCUUGGGAAGAUCCAAAGGGCCGGUACACUCUGAGUAUGCUAGCUAUGAUGCUAGGCUACAUACAUUUGAAACUUGGCCAAAAUUUAUGCCACAGACAAAAGAACAGUUGGCUGAUGCAGGUUUUUAUUAUACUGGAAAAGGUGACCAAACUUUAUGUUAUCAUUGUGGAGGUGGUUUAAAAGAUUGGGAACCAGAGGAUGAUCCAUGGGAACAGCACGCAAAAUGGUUCUCUAAAUGCUAUUAUCUAUUAAUGGUUAAGGGUCAAGAUUAUGUAAAUAAAAUGACGGGCCAACAUAUAUCUCCACCAUCUAAAGAGGAAACAAUGCAAAUGAAUCUACCUGGUUUCAUUAAAAAGGUUCAACCUUUACCAAUGGAAGCAGAGAAAAAAGAAGAUACAGAAAGUAAUCCAGGUCCAAGUUCUCAAAGUAUAGGUUCUCAAGAUAGUGGGAUAGAGAGCAUCGGAAGUACUACAGAGUCUGCAAAAGGAAGUACUGAAGAUUUGUUGAAUAAUUCAAAGACACAAAAUAAUAAACCUAUAGAUGAUGCAAGGAUGUGUAAAAUCUGUUAUAAUGGAGAAUUGGGUGUAGUAUUUUUACCCUGUGGACAUAUAGUUGCUUGUGUUAAAUGUGCUCCUGGCAUGACAACUUGUGCAGUAUGCAGGGAGCCUGUUAGUAUGACUGUACGAGCAUUCUUCUCAUAGUAUUCCAUACAUUGUGAUAGACAAUGAUUAAAUUCUACAUAUAAUUUCUAUUAAAGUGUUUUAUAUCGAUCAUCCACGACUGGUAGCGGUAAUGUAUCGCGAACUGCACUAAAUGACAUGACUCAUGUAGCAUACCAGUCUGCGGGUACAAGCUAUAAGAAUUCUAUAAUUUUUCAAGGAUUCGUAUGAUGUCUAAAUCACAGGUACACGAAGGAUGCGAAUAAAAUUUAUUCUAAUGCAAUCAAUAACAGGACAAACAUAUGUUUCAUAAUCGCGAUGAAUUCCUACAUAUCACGAGUGAAGGGGUCAUGAGAUAAGAUUUUCUGUUUAAUUUUGUCUGAAUAAUAAGCUGUACCUGCAACUGAAUGUUGCUAUUUGCACAUUCAUAAAUUUUCGUUGUGCGUAUCAUUGGAUUAAUUAGAAAGGCAACAAAGUAAAUGUGCUUGACACAGAGUACAAAUAGCAACAAAACAUGAAGUCUAGUCAUUAGUAUUAUAUAAUGCCGAAAAAUGAGCAGAUUUACAAUUGUAAGUUAUAGAAAUUUAAUGAAAAAAAUAUUCAAUUUUAAUUUUAUUGCAAUGCUAAUGAAAUUAACAUCCACUUCCUUACCCUAGUUUAGUUUUGUCCAAUGUUCUCACCUUGUAUAUCAUAUUUACGAAUCUUAUUAUACGAUAUGCAGGAUCUCUGUGUAGUAGAAUGCCUUUAAGGGUAUUUGUGUAGUGGUAACUAUAAAUAUCUAAUUACAAACUACAUACAAACAUAUAAUUAUUUGACUUAACUAAUCUAGGGUGUUGUAAUAUUUAUAUAUUAUAUAUUCUACGCAAUGGAAACUUAGCAUUUCUAUGAUUUACAAAAUUUGGUGAUAUUAUACAAGAAAUGUGUAUAUUGUGUAUACAAUUAUGAUUAAAAGCAAGAAAAUGUUAUUUAGUUAACCCUUUGCGGUUUAAAUUUUCUAAUUUCCAUACAUUUUUGUCAAGUCUCGCUCGACAUACGACCGCAAAGAGUUAAAAGGUACAGGAAACGACAGAGACAAUAGGCAUUUGCAUUCAAUUAAUAAAUAAUGCUGGAAUUUUUCUAGCCACCUGCUUUUGGCUAUGAUUAGCAUUAUUGUAUAUUACUUCAACGAAAAAUGGGAUACAUUAAUUCCUCUUCUUCUUUUUUUUUUUUUUUUUAUACAAUACAAUGCAACUUAAAUCAAAUGUAUUAAAGAAAUAAUCUUAAAGGAAAAUUCAUCUAAAAAAUUUCAUAUUAAACAAUGAAGUAGGAUUAAGAAAUAUUAAUCGAUCGAGGAUGCUCUGUCUACACCAUUUUUCUUUUUAUCUUUCGAGGUUCCGCUUUUUAAACAGAAUUAAGGUAGCAAGAUAAGCAGGGUGUCACUGACUAAUCAGUAUUUCUAAAUCCUAUUAUAUAUUCCAUUAUUUCGUUAGAUACUUUGAAUAAACAAUUCUAAUUUUCUACUGGUUCUUCUAAAUGUUAUCAAAACAUUUUAUAUUGGCGUGUCUGCAUACAUAUAAGAAAAUUUACUGUUAACAUGUAUUCUGACUGAAAGGUAUUUAACAUAUAUAACGUACAAUCAUAAGAAGUACUUUGCUGUAGGGUUGAAGGGUUUAGAAGCUAAUAAAGUAGAAUUUAGACCAUUACAAUUUUGCCUUUUUACCAGUUAUUAUAUUUGUGAAUGAUUCUUACAUUGCGUUAAUUUGUCUGUUAAUAAAGUGUCUAAAUUAUUAAGCUCUAAAACAUAAGUUCUUUUCGUAAAAUUUUCAUUUCGUUAUUUAAGAUCGUAAUCAUUAAUGUCGAGUACAAACAACUUCAUCGAUAUUUUCGAAAUUUUUAAUAGAUGUUAAUAUCAUGCAUUAGAGUAGGUACUCGAAACGAGCGAAACAUUAGCUAGGUAGUUAGUAUAUAUUUGUUUAUCUCAUGAAAAUCAUUAAUCAUGUAGAAUUACGAAAUUUUAUGUAAUAUUAUGUUGUACUUGAAAUCAUUCGGACAUUUUCAUUCUUAGUUUUUAUUUAUCACAAUUUCUUGUAUAUUUUAAAUUACAUUGUCAAUACAUCAAUUUUGUCUCAUA